AUGGACGAUAUCGCUAUAGGAGUGAUCGAAACUGCAGAUGAGAAAAAUGCCAAGACCAAGUGGACAAUGGGAACUAACUCAGAGGUGGAAGGAGAGGGAAACACACAGAUAGACUCAAAGAAUUGCAUUGGCAACCCAGUGGACACCAACCCCAAUGUGGACAUUUUACCUGCACCGAAUGAAGGACAAGAGGAAAGCCAAAGUAAUAAACUAAUUUUUAACAAAAUAAAUAAUCCGAAUAGUUGCCAAAGGAUUGAUAAGGAAGAAGUGACAGAAAUGAACAAGUACGAAUAUGCAUACGAAAGGGAGGAGGUUUUUUCAUGCGAAGAUGCUUUUGCCGAUUCUGUGGAGAGCAAUAAUUUGAGCUCCUACGAUGAGGAAGAAAGAGAACAGAUCGACCCCUUGAACGGAUACGAUAAUGGACACAAGCCUAAGAAGAACAGGGGUAGUGAGAGACAGAAUUGUCAAGUGAUUGUAAGGAUAAAGCCAAGAAUUAGAACGAACAAAUUGAACAAAGUGAACAAGACGAACGAAAAUGAAACCACCGGCAGAGGGGGAAAUUAUGAAGAUGGGAAAAAUAUUGAAUAUAAAGAAAAUUGCCUUUACGUACAGAAUCAGAAUUUUUCAUUUGAUAAAAUAUUUUCUGAAGAAACGAAACAGAUAGAAAUUUAUUCAUACUUGUCCAAUAACUUUUUAAAUAAUUUGUUUGAAGGCUAUAACUGUACCAUUUUUGCUUAUGGACAGACGGGGUCAGGAAAAACAUUCACCAUGGGAUUUGACUACAUGAACGAAUUUUCCGAAAGCGUUGGUAUUUUGCCUCGAUUUUUAAAUGAUAUGUUUAACAUAAUUGAAAGGAAAAAGAAAAAAAUCGAUUUUGAUGUAUCAUGUACUUACAUCGAAAUUUACAAUGAAGAAAUUAUCGAUUUGAUAGAUUUUAACGAAGAAGAUUAUCAUGAAAAAAUAAACUUUAAAAAUGGAAAAAGGAAUAAAAAAAAAAAAAAAAUUAAUAAAAACAUAUCCAUAAGGGAAGAUAUCAACAAAAAAGAAAUAAUUCUAAUGGGAAUUAAAAAUGAAAAAGUACAAACUGUUAAAGAUGUGUUCACUAUCCUGCAGAAGGGAAAUUUAUUUAGGACCACGGAGAGAACUUUCAUGAAUGAUAAAUCCAGCAGAUCUCACGCAAUCUUCACCGUUAACCUUAUUCAGAGAAAAAAGCAGGCAACAGAAAAUGAGAAAAACAAAGGGAACACCGUCCAGGGGAGUUCAAAGUGUAGGACCGAGCAGUGUGCACUUAACAAAUUGGAAGAGGAGGAAAAAAGACGAAGCUUAAACGAUAAUGAUGUAGAGGAAGAUGGACGCACGAAUGAUGAAGAAUGGAAGGAAGAUGCUAAUUCUGCAGACGAGAAUAAUAGUUGUAAUAAUAAGGUGAAUGAGCUGGACGAAGCAAACAAGUCAGAUGUAAUAUGCUCGAAAUUUCAUUUUGUCGAUUUGGCUGGAAGUGAAAGAGCCAAAAGAACCGAAACCAAAGGACAUAGGUUCAAAGAAGGUAUCAGCAUUAACUAUGGACUGCUAUCCCUAAGCAACGUUAUUUACAGCUUGUCUAGUAAUAAAAAGAGUCAGCACAUUCCUUACAGAAAUUCCAAAUUAACCAGAAUACUUCAAGAUUCCCUUGGAGGCAACAGCAAAACAGUUAUGAUUGCAUGUAUCAGUAUUGACCCUGCAGAUUUUUACGAAUCCUUAAGUACCAUCAAAUAUGCCGCAAGGACGAAGAAGAUAAAAAACACCCCAGUCAUCAACUAUGAUAUUAAUAGCGUAGUUAUUAACGAUUUAAGAAAGCAGUUGUUUAACUUAAAUGUAGAAUUGAAAAAAUACAAAAUUGAGUGUAAGGAUAAAUCAUCUGAGGUAGAUUUUACGAGGGUUAAGGAAUUAGCUAGCCAAAAUAAGUUAUUACUGAAAAAAGUGAAGAGUUUAAAAAUGAAGAGGAAAAAGUUGAUUUGUUUGAUAUUUUAUUAUAUGACCUUGUUAAGGAGGAACAACUGCACACCCAUGGAUGAUUCACUUCGCUCUAACGUCGAAGAAAGUGCUAGGAGUUGUUCUGUAAGUCUGCUCAAUCAAAAUUGGUGCAUCAGCCAAGGGGGAGCAGCAUACACAGGAGGAAAAUGCACAGGGGGAAAGUUCCCCUCCACGGAUGGGAAAUUGGUUGAAGGAGAUGCCAAUGCCAUCGUGCAUAGUGGUGAUAGAGAUGAAGAUAAUGCUAAUCACAUUGCUUCCGUCUCAAUUUGCAAAAAGGGAAUUAUCAUGCCAGACGCCUCGCCCACUACUGAUGCUCCCACCAGGACCCAUAUCACCAUGAGCGUGGAUUCCUUUUUUCAGAAAAGGGAUAAUCUGGAUAAGGAAAACGCUGCAAAUGUGAACAGCAAAUUAUCCGAACCGGAUAUAUUAAUCCAUGGUGACCAUUGCUCAAAGGGCAUGGUCACUUUCACAAUGAAAGGAACCCCCAGGGGAGAAGAACAAUUGGGCCAUUUAUGUGGUUUGAGAAGGAAUACCAACGAGCACCUAGUCGAGAAGAACAACAAAAAGGAACACGACAUGAACAUAGUAGUAAGUAGCGGUUCGUAUGAAAUGGAUACGGGUGCAAAAACCUGCAACUGUGUUGAGGGGAUAUCCCUGCAAAAGAGGGAUGACCAGACGGUGCACAUGAACAAGAAGUCGCAUGAUAACCGCAACAAUUUUCAAGAAAGUGUGAUGUGCUUGGCAGAGAACGCGGAUGAGGGAAACGUUCUAACCAGUAUGCUAAAAUAUUCCUCCGUAGAACUAUCACCAAAUGUAAUCGACACCACCUCAAGGAAAGAUGCUCCAAACGGGGACAUACUCAAUGGACAGCAUAGCCUAUGUACCACGUGUCAGAAAAAACACAUGGUCGAAGAGGAAGAAGAUGCUUGUGACUCGGACUUCAACACGCUAGAGAAAAAGUACCUGUUUAUAAAUUUAGAAGAAGAUAAAAGGUGCGUAGAAAAUAUGUUUAGGCAGUUUGAGCUGAACCGAUAUAAUGAGAAGAAACUGAAAGACCUAAACAAAAAGUACAAUUCAAUUUUUGAAAAAAAUAAAGUGUACGAGAAAAAAAUUGAUGAACUGAAGAAAAUGGUGAAGAGGAUGAAAAGGUGUGCAAAACUAACUUCGGAGGGAAAAUACGACGGGAAGAAGAGAAAAUAUAAAAAAACGCCAAAAGAUGGUAGAGGUGGAAGAAGUGGUCGGGGUGUCGGAGGGGGUGCAAGGAAGGGGUUACCCAAACGACAAUACCAACCAGAUGGAACGAAAAAUCUUCUCCACAGUUCACCGAAUGGUGAACGUUCCUAUAAACCCAAGCGCGACCACUUUAGCGAUGUAGAAUUCGAGAGAAAAAUGAAAAGCAAAAUGUUGAAACAUUUUUCAAGAAAAAAGAACCUUACCGAUACGGAAGUCAGUGCAAAGGAGAAUAACUCAUUCUGUACUUAUGGAACAACAAGCGUCUCUCAUGGACAGACACGCCUAAUGGAUCUGCUUUAUCAAAAUUUGAAUUAUCACAAAAGGGGGGUCAUUCUUUUUGACAACCCAAAAUUGAAUACCAUCCUAAUCGCAGGAAAACAUAAAAAAGGGAUGAACAAAAGGGAAACAAGAAGAAUUCUACUUUCUGAAAAUAAUGACAGUGUGUCCUCAAAUAUUAUAUACUCAAGUAACAAUGUCGAUUGGGGUCUAUUUGAGAACACUGCUGAGGGUGGUGUGUUCCGUAUGGGAAGCAGCGGCAGGAGGGGAAAGCCAAUAAAUGGGGAGAAAAGAACCGUUCUUAAUGUGCUAGAUAAAAGAAAAAAGAAGCAAGUCCAAAGGGGAAUGACGCAGGAAGGGAUGGAAAUUUCACAUCCGUAUGAUAAUUUCCCAGGAAGUGGAAAAAUGGAUAACCUCAAUUUUGUGAAUUACGCAAGGGGAGAGAUGAAACAAAAAUGGCACACGAGCGAUGAGGAGAUGGACGAGGAGGAUGACACAUGCGAAAACAGCCCCUGUAGCAGAGGUAACAGUAGCUAUUCGAGCGAUGACGAAAGUGAACAUACAAGUGGCAAUGUAUCCCCCAAGUUUCUAAAAAAUAAACUAAACAAACUGCAAAAAAUUAUCAAGGAAGACAUAUGUAAAAUAAAAAGAGUGAACAGGGAGAAAGAAGAAUACAACGCGAAAAAUGAACUUCUCACGAACAGUAUAAUGAGUCUGAAGAAGAAGUUACACUAUUUACAAGUCAACAGUCAAAAUAACAAGAACUGCAAAAAGAUAGAAAAUAUGAAGGGAGAAAUACAAAGAAUAACAAAUGAGAAGGAGAAAAUUCAAAAAAAAUUAAACGACAAUGAGCAACAAAUUAAACACUUAAAGGUAGACAUUUUGAAAAUGAAAAAUAAUUUUUUAAAAACAAGCACCCUCCUGAAGGAAGAACAGAGAAAGCAUACCAAUAUUAUUCGGAAAAAAGAAAAUAUUAUUACCAAGUUGCAUGAACGAGAAGAACAUUACAUCGAGAAACUUAAAAAAAAGGAAGAAAUAAGUAAGCAGGCAUAUUCAAAAUUGCUCAAAAGAAAUCAAGAAUUAAAUGAGGAAUUAAAAAUGUUAAAAAAAAAAGGGCCAAGUGGCGAUGUCAGACGGAGUGGCAGAAAGAAGGACACAAAGAAUAUCCAACCUGAGGGUAUCAUCCAUGGCAACAAAUUUGACGAUAUCUCCCAAAGGGUUAAAAAGGUCGCAUCGGAUGGGAUAUGUAUCUCCAGUUCAUUACAUGAUGAAUAUGCACAGCCUUAUGGUGAUCCCGAUGAUGGUAAUAACGGCGCUAGUGAAGAACACAGGGAGGAUGCCACUUCCCUCCAGAAUGAUGACAUUAACGCCUCACCUAUCAGUACAAUCCUCUCCGAUGGGGCCAAAUCGGCUUACCUAAAUUCAAGUCCAUCUAUGUGUAAAGCAGAAGACAAUCUUUUUUCGUCCCACUCUUUUUAUAAUUUCAAUAAUGGCGAAUACGAAUUUCAGAGCAGCUUCAAAAAUGAUGUGAAAAUUAAAAGCUACUUGAGGGAGUUUAUGAAAAGGAAAAUGAAACUCAGCUCCCUUAAGGCAAAGUUAGAAAGGGAAAAAAGUACGAACAGACAGGUUAGGAAAAUUCUGCAGGCCUUGUAUGUAAGGAAAAAAAAUGAAGAGGAAGAAAGGAAUCAUGGGAAGGGCAGCUUUCCUCAGAGAUCCCCUACCGCAGGAAAAGAAGAAAGAUUUGCACAGAUGAGUUGCACUGUUAAUGAAGGUAAUGAACGAGAGUGUAAUUCCGGACAACCAAUGGUAGAGGAACCGCUUCGAAACACAGUGACCACUAUUGAAAUGGAACAAUACGGGCAAAAGUUACGUGACAAUGGAAGGGAGAGUAAGGAAGGCAUACUUGUUAAGGAAAAUUUUAUCCCUGUGGAGGAGAAAGACGGGGGAGAAAAUUCGCCAAUUUUAUUAAGCGAUGAGAAAAUAGACGAAGAAGUAGUAUAUUACGAAAACAAAUUGAAAGAAUCAAAUGAACUUUUAAAAAAACUAAAAAGAGACAUUGUCACGAAGAAGGAAGAAUUCAUUUUACAAAAAGUGGUGAAACAGUUGCUCAGGAAGUUAUAUUCCAAUUUUAUCAAAAGGAAAGAAGGUGAAAGGAAAAUAAAAUCUUUAAAAAAAUUUAUCUACUCAGAAAAUUUAUUUAUAUCAAAAAUUUGCAACAACUUUUUUUACCUAACAAAUGUGAUGAACAAUUCAACAUUCCCGAUUGGUGGCCAGCACUAUUUGAAUAACCACUCCAUGGCCCAAUUUUAUUCGAACCAGAUAAAUGAUACAUGUGAGGGGCAUUUCAAUGGAGGGUAUAAUUUGACUUGUGUAGAGAAACACAUAAAGAAUAACGAUGCGGGGUUAAGUACCCUCUUACCGCUGUACAAAUUUUACCAGGGUAAGGGAAUCCUUCCAUCAAAUGUCGAAGCGCGUGACACCAUAUACGGCAGAAGGAGAAACACCUUCAGCAUCCUGACGGGUAUGAACCCCACUCUUGAGAUGAACAAGAAUUACACAAAUUUGAAAAAGAGGAGCUAUAAAAGUAGACUAAUCGAAAAUUUGCAGCUCAACCAUUUUAACAAAAGGAGAGUUAUUCUAUCCAGAAGUAGCAACUUCGUCCAGGAUGAUCAGAAUGACAAAAAUUGUAAUUUUGGAGAAAAAUGGGGGAAAAGAUAUUCGGACGGAUUCUCCUUAAACAGAAUUCGUGACACACAGGAGAGUUUUGCACUUGAUGAUAAGUUUAACGGAGAAGUGCCCACUGAAGGGAAUAUAGGGGAUAUCCCCCAAAGGUAUGAACAAAUAAAUUGGAUGCCAAAUGAGGGGGCAUCGAAUGUUAACCUUAGUGCGCUCAACCUUUUGCAUGAUAAGAAUAUUUUUGGCAAAAGCGAAAAUGGAAAUUUCAUUCGUAGAGUGCAUGAUGACAAAGGAGAGAAGGAAGAUCAAGCUAUAAACGUGGUAGACGUGGUAGACGUGGUGGACAUGGUAGACAUGGUAGACGCGUUAGAUACGGAGGAAUAUUCCCUUGAUAAGUCCCAUUAUCAUGCCCUGCCGAAUUUAAGAAUGAAAAGAAAGACUAUAGAUAACUGUUACAUUUACGCGAAUAAACAGAAUGGCGAUAAUUUUCUCGACUAUUACCAAGACGUCUUUUCACGGGGGCAUUACGACGUGAAGGGCGAUAGGGGCGAGGAAGAAAAGACACAGAGAGUCAUCACCAUUUCGGAUCCAAGCCAACGUUUAUUAUGUGUUAAAUCUGAAGGAGAGACCUACCAACAAAAGGAAGCACCACAGAGGGAAUCAUCUUUGUGCAACGGAAAAUAUGAUCAGAGGGAGUCCUCUCCACUUGAUUCGUGCACACAUACACCCAUCGUAAAUACAUCCAUCAGUAGUGAUGCUUUUCCAAAAGAAAGAACUGAAUUUGUAUCGUCGAUGCCAUUAGAAGGGCGUGUUCCACACGAGGGUUGCAACAUUCCGAGGGAAAAAAGAGACCAUAUUUCUUACAUGGUGAAAAAGGGAAGCCAAGAAUUAACCUCUGCAUUGGCAAACGUACUCAUUGAUGGAGAGGAUUGUCUAGCAAGCGACACAGCGAAAAAGGAGGAUGGUACGAUUGGCGCAAAGUAUGACAAUGGAGAUUCCUCAGUAGGCACUGACACCGGCAUGUACAGCAACCCAUGUGACAUUCCCAUCAAGGAAGAAAGCAAGGAGAAUUUGUUGCCCCCGUUGGGUAGGACCGAUCAACAUUGGAGAGAAAACGGAUUGAAAUUCAAUCUUGCUCCAACACAGAUGAGCGAAAAUAAAACUCGCAACGAGGAUGUUAGGGAAGACCCCAUGGGGGGUGUCCCCAAAGAGGAAGUAACAGAGAUGAACAAAACUGUGCCUACCUUCAACGGUACUGGUGCAGAUGGAGUGAAAAAAAGACAGUCAAAGUUUUGCUCCAUCAAGUCGAAGAGCGCCGAAGGUAAUAGCAGGAUUGUUUGUGGUGUCUCGAAUAUCAAACGCGCUUUCAAAGAAAGGGAGAACAAAUCGAAUGACGCCUCAAUGGAUGGCACAAGCGUGGCAAGGGAGAUGAACAUCACAAGUGUAUCGGAAAACGGUUCAGUAGAGCACCAAACGUCCAAGAACAUGGAGAUGAGGAAUAUCAACUCAGGGGAGGAAUCUCAGAUGCGAAGAAAAAUCACUUCAAUAGAUACCGAAACGAAGUUGGUGAAGAAGACGAGUGAAAACAAAUUGUCAACUAAGCAGACGAAUGAAACACUCCACCACACUGUGUUAGUACAGAAGGAGGAAGACACAUCGCAUAAGACUCAAGGAACAAAGGUUCAAAUGGACCCCACCUUAACUGUCCACUGGAAUAACAGGAGCAAUAGAGAUGAAGCGAACUGUUGGAACUAUGGUAAGCCAAACGAAGGGGGGGAGGAAACCCGAAGUAACAAUCUGCAGUACGGAAUGAAUCAGGAAGAUUUUAAAAAGAUUGAAAAGAUACACGAAGAGAGCAUUAACAAUUUCAAAAAUAAAAUGAAUGAUAUAGGGAUGAACAGCGAAUCAUUCAGUAGCAUCCAUAUGAUGGAAAAAAAAAUUAAGGGAUAUUUUGUCAACAGUGUGAAUUACGACGCGGAUAAUAAUAUCGGAGAAGAAUUUCCAUAUAACAAGGGGAAUGCAGAGAAAAAGUACAAAAUUUUGUGCAUGAAAAAUUGCCAUAAAUAUGGGGUAAGUGGAUUAUGUGUUAAAGGAUCAAAUAAUAAAAAUCUUACCAUAUUUAGUAGCUCAAUAAAUAAUAUAAAACUAUGGGAUGGUAAAAAAGCUGUUUGGAAUUAUGACCAUGUGAAUUUAAAAAAUGAAAAGAGUACAUUUAUAAAUAGCAUAAUUGUGUCUUUUCAAGAAAAUUGCUUUUUUGCUGGUAUCAACAGUUAUGUACACCUAUUUGACAUUAGAACAAAUCCUGUAUCUUUACAGAAAUAUUACUAUAGUGACAAAAAUGAUGGUAGCUUGUUAAUUUCCCUUCUAAAUGAUAAAUCAGAUUAUGUGCCUUUUUUGUUACAAAAUGGGGGCAUUUCCACUUUUAGCGGCGCACGGGCAGAUGGGGAUUAUACCUACGAAGGCGUGCACAAUCUGAUGGAGCACAACGCAAGUGAAGAUGUAGUUAGGCAUGCCCUGGGGGAUAAUUCCCUUAAGCACCUACCUUCCAAGGAAUGGAAAGAAGAAGAUGGUGGUAAUGCUAACCACGAAAUCUGCAACGAAUGGGGCAACCAAAAAAGCAGUCUUUGCUAUAGCAAAACAGACGGAGCUGAAGAGGGUGGAGCAGACAAAUUAAAACAUAUAAGAGAUGUCGAGAGUUUCCAAUCCGAGUACUGCAUAUGUGCCUGUGGAAAUGAAAAUUUUAUUAAAGUUUUUGACAUAAGAAAAAAUGAUGACAAUAUGUGGCUAGCCAAAAUACCAAUAACAAAUAAAAUCGAAUACAUAACACAAAUUCCGAUGAAAAAAAAUGGGAAAAAUAUUACAAAGGAUUCGAACAUAUUAAAAAAUAUAAUAAUAGCAAGCAGAGAUAAGACGGUGAAAAUAUGGAAGAAAGGAUGGGUGUCUUUUUACCCUCCCUCAUACGAUUGGUGCACUUCUCUCUCCAAUUUUAGCCUUUCUGAUUUGAUGAAAAAUAAAGGUAUCCAAAAUCGGCAGGACGAGUCAACCCAAUAUGCAAAUAAUUUAUUAAAUUAUGAUUCUUUAAUCGUGUCUGGAAGUAGAGAUUCUCACCUGCGCUUUUGGCUUUACGCGACCGACAGUACAACGAAUGAGUUUAACCGGUUCAUGAAAAUUGUUAAAAAUGCCCACAUGGUCGACAUAACCAGUAUAGCCAAAUAUAAAACCAAUGGCCUAGUUACGACGGACAGGGACGGAUUUAUCCAAAUGUGGGACUGCAACUUAUUCGUUAAUGAUAACGACAAGGCUUUACUAGAUAUGGACAUUUAUACGAACCAGCUGAAUCUGGCAGUUAGCAAAAUUGGGAAAACGCUCAGGCACUCAUCAAAUGCUAUCAACAAGGUCAUAUGUUAUGAAAACCACUUUUUAACUGCCUCAAGUGACGGGUCCAUUAAAAUAUUUAGCGAAAAAUAA